GGUCACAACAAACCCAGCUGACCAGUGAACUGGACCACCUCCACCUCUGUAGGGAAAAUAGAGCCACGUUGGACGGAAACGUAGCAUUUAGUUUUCACCAUGUUUAAUCUGAUGAAAAAGGACAAGGAGAGGGAAGGGAGUAGGAAGGAGAAGAAAGAUAAAAAGGAGAGGAUGUCUGCAGCAGAGCUGCGCAGCCUGGAAGAGAUGAGCAUGCGGCGAGGUUUCUUCAACCUGAAGAGGGAGGCGAAGCGUGAGUCCAAGAACAAACUGGAGAUCUCCAACCCCAUUCCCAUCAAAGUGGCCAGCAGCAACGAGCUCACCCUCACUGACAUUGAAUCGGAUGGCUUGAGCAACCGAAGCAGCAUGGUUCUGGAUGACCAGCUCAGCGCUGCCAGCUCCACCGAUGACCUGAAGGGCGAGGGUGGAGGAGGACAGGAUGGACACCGCAGCUCAGUCCAUGAACGCGUGGCUCACUUCGGUUCUCUUGCCAAGCAGAACUCCUCGCAGGUGGGUCAGAUGAUGAAACGCUUCUCCUUUUCCCAGAAGAGCAAAGAGGAGAGCCCUUCAGAGAGCUCCACCCCCUCAGGCCAGAACUCUGCUGCCCCGUCCCCGCAUGUGGAGAGCAAAGUCUUGGGCAUGCUCCGCAAGCACAGCCUCAAGCAGCAGCAGCCCGGAGCACCAGCCACCAAAAAAGUCUGCAUCCCUGAAGUGGUCGACAAGACCUUCCCCGCACAGCUGCAGCUGCCGGCUGUGGUCGCACCGAGCGCACCAGAAACACGUGAGCUGGAGCUCCAACGCCGCAACACUGGUGACUUUGGAUUUUCUUUGCGUCGCACCACUAUGCUGGACCGCAGCGUUGACGGAGGAGUGUACAGGCGUGUGGUCCAUUUUGCCGAGCCUGGUGCCGGCACGAAGGACCUGGCACUGGGGUUGGUGCCGGGCGACAGGCUGGUGGAGAUAAACGGGCGUAACGUGGAGAACAAGAACCGGGACGAGAUAGUGGAGAUGAUCCGUCAGUCGGGAGACACGGUGAGGCUGAAGGUGCAGCCGAUCCUGGAGCUGAGCGAGCUGAGCCGCUGCUGGCUGAGGAACACAGAGGGCCUGCGCCGGGAGGCCAGACAUGUGAAGACAGAGGAGCAGAUCGCAGCUGAACAAGCCUGGUAUGGAUCAGAGAAAGUCUGGCUCGUCCACAAAGAUGGCUUCUCCCUGGCCACCGUGGUGAAGACGGAGGCCGGCGCCCUGCCAGAGGGCAAGGUGAAAAUCAAACUGGAGCAUGAUGGGACAGUACUGGAUGUGGAUGAAGACGACAUAGAAAAGGCCAACCCUCCAUCGUACGACCGAUCCGAGGACCUGGCCUCGCUGCUCUAUCUGAAUGAAUCCAGCGUGAUGAACUGUCUGAGGCAGCGCUACGGAGGCAACCUCAUUCACACCUACGCUGGACCCAACAUGGUGGUCAUCAACCCCCUCAGCACCCCCUCCAUGUACUCUGAGAAGGUGAUGCACAUGUUCAAAGGCUGUCGGCGCGAGGACUCGGCUCCUCAUAUCUACUCCGUGGCCCAGUCGGCCUACCGCAACCUGCUCACCACCCGGCAGGAUCAGUCCAUCGUGCUGCUGGGAAAGUCUGGCAGCGGCAAGACCACCAACUGCCAGCACCUGCUCCAGUAUCUGGUCUCCAUCGCCGGCAGCACGGGCAAAAUCUUCUCUGCUGAGAAGUGGCAGGCCGUCUACACCAUCCUGGAAGCUUUUGGCAACAGCUCCACCUCCAUGAACACUAACGCCAGCCACUUCUCCCACGUGGUGUCCCUCGACUUCGACCAGGCCGGGCAGGUGGCCUCCGCCUCCAUCCAGACGAUGCUGCUGGAGAAACUGAGGGUGAGCAGGCGACCCGAGGGAGAGUCCACCUUCAACAUCUUCUACUACAUGAUGGCCGGAGCUGACAGCACCCUGAGAACUGAGCUGCACUUUAACCACCUGGCCGAGAACAGCGCUUUUGGGAUCGUUCCACAGUCGAAGCCUGAGGACAAGCAGCGAGCCGCGCAGCAGUUCACCAAGCUGCAGGCAGCCAUGAAGGUGCUGGGCAUCUCCAGCGAAGAGCAGAAGGCCCUCUGGCUCAUCCUGGGGUCCAUUUACCACCUGGGGGCCGCAGGAGCCACUAAAGACGGAGAUGAAGCGGGACGUCGGCAGUUUGCCCGUCACGAAUGGGCCCAGAAAGCGGCAUACCUGCUGGGCUGCACCUUGGAGGAGCUGUCCUCCUCCAUCUUUAAGCACCAGACCAAAGGACUGCAGCAUUCCACCUCGUUCAGGGGGGCGCAGGACGAGGCCGGCCAAGGUGACAGCUCAGGCUCUAAGGUCACAGCUCUGGAGUGUUUGGAGGCCAUGGCAUCAGGACUCUACUCGGAGCUCUUCACUCUCGUCAUCUCCCUCAUUAACAGGGCUCUGAAGUCCAGUCAGCACUCUCUGUGCUCCCUGCUGAUCGUGGACACCCCGGGUUUCCAGAACCCCCGAUUGGCUCAGCAGCAGCGGGGGGCCACCUUCGAGGAGCUCUGCCACAACUACACCCAGGAGCGGCUGCAGACCCUGUUCCACGAACGCACCUUCGUCCAGGAGCUGGAGAGAUACAAGGAGGAAAACAUAGAGCUUGCUUUAGAUGACAUAGAGUGCAGUACCUCGCAGUCUGUAGCAGCUAUUGACCAAGCCUCAACCCAAGCUCUGGUACGCACUCUGGCCCGGACCGAUGAGGCUCGAGGCCUCUUGUGGCUGAUGGAGGAGGAGGCAGUUCAGCCUGGAGGUUCAGAGGAAACCAUGCUGGAGAGACUCUUCAGCUACUACGGCUCUGCACAGGGAGAAAACAAAGGGGCCAGUCUGCUGCUGCGAGGAGAGAAGCCCCACCUCUUCCUGCUCGGUCACAGCCACGGGACAAACUGGGUGGAGUACAAUGCUCAGGGCUGGCUGAGCCACGCCAAGCACAACCCCGCCGCCCAGAACGCUGCCACACUCCUGCAGGACUCCCAGAAGAAGAACAUCAGUGGGCUGUUCAUGGGCCGGGCCAGUGGGGCCACAGUGUUGUCGGGCUCCAUCGCCGGUCUUGAGGGCAGCUCUCAGCUCGCCCUGCGACGAGCCACCAGCAUGAGGAAAACCUUCACUACAGGUGUGGCUGCUGUCAAGAAGAAGAGCCUGUGUAUCCAGGUCAAGCUCCAAGUGGAUGCUCUGAUAGACAUGGUGCGUCGCUCCAGGGUUCAUUUCGUCCACUGCCUGCUGCCCAAAGCAGAGGCAGUGGGUGGAGGUGGUGAGCCCCGAGUGACGCACGGAGAAAGCCCCGACUCAGGCCUUAUGACUUUGGACGUCGGCCUCCUGAGAGCUCAGCUCCGAGGAUCAAAGCUGCUGGAUGCACUUCGCAUCUACAGGCAAGGAUAUCCAGACCACAUGGUGUUCUCCGAGUUCCGCAGGCGCUUUGAUGUCCUGGCACCACACCUGACCAAGAAGCAUGGCCGCCACUACAUUGUCACGGAUGAGAAGAGGGCAGUGGAGGAGCUGCUGGAGUCCCUGGAGCUGGAGAAGAGCAGCUACUACAUGGGGCUGAGCAGGGUGUUCUUCAGAGCAGGGACUCUGUCCAAGCUGGAGGAGCAGCGGGACGUGAAGACCAGGAGGAACAUCUCUCUGUUCCAGGCUGCCUGCAGGGGAUACCUGGCCAGACAGGCCUUCAAGAAGAGGAAGAUCCAGGACUUGGCCAUCCGCUGCAUCCAGAAGAACAUAAAGAAGAAUCGUGGCGUCAAAGGCUGGCCGUGGUGGAAGCUGUUCACCACCGUCAGACCUCUGAUCGAGGUGCAGCUCACUGAGGAACAGAUCCGCGGGAAGGACGAAGAGAUUCAGCAGCUGAAGCAGAAGCUGGAGAAGGUGGAGAAAGAGAGGAACGAGCUGAGACUCAACAGUGACCGUCUGGAGAGUCGGAUCACAGAGCUGUCAUCAGAGCUGGCUGAUGAGCGGAACACCGGGGAGUCGGCCUCCCAGCUGCUGGAGACCGAAACUUCUGAGAGACUCCGUCUGGAGAGAGACAUGAAGGAGCUGCAGGCCAAGUUCGACAGCAUGAAGAAGCAGAUGGAGUCCAUGGAGAUGGAGGUGAUGGAGGCUCGACUCAUCAGGGCCUCGGAGCUCAAUGGAGAGAUGGAUGAUGACGACACAGGAGGGGAGUGGAGGCUGAAGUACGAGCGAGCCAUCAGGGAGAUCGAGUUCACCAAGAAGAGACUGCAGCAGGAGUUUGACGACAAGCUGGAGGUGGAGCAGCAGAACAAACGGCAGCUGGAGAGGAGGAUCAGCGACCUGCAGGCCGAUAACGAGGAGUCCCAGAGAAACAUCCAGCAGCUGAAGAAGAAAACUCAACGACUGACGGCCGAACUGCAGGACACCAAACUUCACCUGGAGGGACAGCAGAGCCGCAACCACGCACUGGAGAAGAAGCAGAGGAAGUUUGACGGUGAGCUGAGUGCAGCCCAGGAGGAGGUGCAGAGGGAGAAGAGCCUGAGGGAGAAACUCGCCCGAGAGAAGGACAUGCUGACCGGAGAGGCCUUCAGCCUCCGGCAGCAGCUCGAGGACAAGGACCUGGAGGUGUGUGCAGUCAACCUGAAGCUGGACCAGCUGGAGGCUGAGCUGCAGGACCUCAACUCCCAGGAAUCCAAAGAUGAGGCAUCGCUGGCCAAGGUGAAGAAGCAGCUUCGCGACCUGGAGGCCAAGGUGAAGGACCAGGAGGAGGAGCUGGAUGAGCAGGCCGGCACCAUCCAGAUGUUAGAACAGGCCAAGCUGCGUCUGGAGAUGGAGAUGGAGCGUUUACGUCAAACCCAUUCCAAGGAGAUUGAGAGCAAAGACGACGAGGUGGAAGAGAUCAGACAGUCGUGCAGCAAGAAGCUGAAGCAAAUGGAAGUCCAGCUUGAGGAAGAGUACGAUGAGAAGCAGAAGGUGCUGAAGGAGAAGAGGGAGCUGGAGUCGAAGCUUCUGUCAGCUCAGGACAAGGUGAGAAGUGGCGACAUAGAGACCGAGAAGCGCUUGAGGAAGGACCUGAAGAGAACCAAAGCUCUGCUGGCCGACGCCCAGAUCAUGUUGGACCACAUCAAGAACAACGCACCGAGCAAGAGAGAGAUCGCCCAGCUCAAGAAUCAGCUGGAGGAGUCCGAGUUCACCUGUGCGGCUGCAGUUAAAGCUCGUAAGUCCAUGGAGGUGGAGAUCGAAGACCUGCACGUGCAGAUGGAGGACAUCUCCAAAACGAAGCAGGGGCUGGAGGAGCAGCUGAGUCGUCUGCAGAGAGAGAAGAACGACCUGCAGUCCAGGAUGGAGGAGGACCAGGAGGACCUGAACGAGCUGAUGAAGAAGCACAAGGCCGCUGUGGCCCAGUCAGCCCAGAACCUGGCCCAGAUCAGUGACCUGCAAGCCCAGCUGGAGGAGGCCCUCAAGGAGAAGCAGGAGGUUCAGGAGAAGCUGCAAGCCCUCCAGAGCCAGCUGGAGUUCCAGGAGCAGUCCAUGGUGGAGAAGUCCCUCGUCAGCCGGCAGGAGGCCAAGAUCCGCGAGAUGGAGACCAAGCUGGAGUUUGAGAAGACCCAGGUCAAACGCCUGGAGAGCCUCGUAGCUCGUCUCAAGGAGAACGUGGAGAAGCUGAUGGAGGAGCGAGAUCAGCGCAGCAGCAGCGAGAACCGAGAGAAGGAGCAGAACAAGCGUAUGCAGAGACAGAUCCGCGACGUCAAAGAGGAGAUGGGAGAACUGGCCAAAAAGGAAGCCGAGGCCAGCCGCAAGAAACACGAGCUGGAAAUGGACAUCGAAAGCUUAGAGGCUGCUAAUCAGAGCCUGCAGGCAGACCUCAAGCUGGCCUUCAAAAGGAUCGGAGACCUCCAGGCGGCCAUCGAGGAUGAGAUGGAGAGUGACGACAAUGAAGACCUCAUUAACAGUUUGCAAGACAUGGUGACAAAGUAUCAGAAAAGGAAGAACAGAACUCAGGGGGAUUCAGACACGGACUCUGAGGUGGAGGAUCGUGUGGACGGGGUGAAGUCCUGGUUGUCCAAAAGCAAAGGUUCUGCAAAGAACCUCUCGGAUGACGGCAGUCUCAAGAGCUCCAGAUGUGCUGUAAAUGUAGACGCAAAGGAAGGGAAAGAGUCGAAAGAGGGUAAGGAAUGGAAAGAGGUAAAUAAAGAGGGCAAAGACAUAGAAUCGAGCAGACCGAUAAGCUCCCUUAGCUACAGAAAACGAUCCAACCUUGAUUCCAUCGGGGGCAAAGGAAGCGCCCUCUUCAGUGCCCUCAAGGAGAAUGCCGAGUCGGAAGAUGCUCUAUGCUUCUCGAAGGCCAAAUCCAAAAGCUUGGAUCUUCAAGAUGACACCUACUCGGUCAGCUCCAGGAGGAAGUCCCAGGUAGGAGAUGACAUAAAGGACAGAGAAUCCGUCAUCUCCCAGGCCUAUUCAGAGGCCAACAGCCGAGCCAGGAAAGGCAUGGACAGUCGCUGGGCGGACUUUGACAAAGAAUCAACCAUCUCAUUCAACGCACCAAGCCGGGCCUCCACACGUCUUGGGUUAAGCCCAGAGAACGAUGCUAAAUCUACCAUCAGCUUAGGUCUGUCAAGCCCACGUGGACAGCGUCGAAGCACCUCGCGCGUAGAUGAGGGCAGAGGUGGGUGGUCAACAUACGGCAGCAGUCCCAGUAGCCCUUGUUUUAGCAGACGGUCUGGGGGUCGCAGUCCCGGAAGUGUUAGCCGAGCUGAAUCCCGUAUGUCUCUGGCACGCAGCUGCCGCCUGAGCGAGUUUGAUGUUGAUAUCGACGACAGUCGAAGUGUGGCCUUCACCGAGAGGUCGGCGUACAGCCCUCACUCGUCCAUUGGCCGCAGUUUGUCCAUGCCACCACCACAAGACAGAUCGUCAGCUGCUGAUAAUGACCCCAUUGAUAAUUUAGAUAUCAAACCAGUAAGCCAUCGCAACUACCUCGACCCUGACCUGGAGAAAGCCAUCAAUGAGGUGCUGAGUUUUAAGCCUAUCAAGUUCAAGCGCACUAGCUUGGAAGACUCGGAGGGUGAGGAAGAAAAAUCCAAGAAUGAUGAAGACGACAGCAAAAGUAUCCGGAAUGGAGACACGACUCGCUCUGCCAGCAGUCUAAGACGCUCUGCAUCCGCUGUGGACUGCAUGAGAUCGGCCCGCAGUGCCAGCAGCUGCAGCAGUCGCCAUCGCAGCAAGAGCAGAGGCAAGAGUAAGAAAAAGAAAAGAAGCCACAGCUCCGAGUCCGACAGCUCAAGAGAUGAGCGCCGUCAUAGGAGCAGCUCCAAGAGGAGGUCCAAGAAGUCCAAGAAAAAGUCCAAGAAGAGGGAUCGAUCCUCUUCGUCUGAAUCGUCUUCUUCAUCUUCAGAUUCUGAGUCAGACUCCGAGUCAGAGUCCAGCUCUGGUGCCUCCACCAUCUCCUACCGAAGCUCCAACAGCGUGAAGAGGGCCCCAUCUCGAAAGGUUUCCAGCCCCGAGAGGGAAGAAGAAGCUGGGCCACAGGGCGAGAGCCAGCCCAUAAAGAAAAAGGAUGACAAGAAGAGGAAGAAGAAGGUGGACAGCCUGAUGAUGAAGUACCUGUACCGGCCGGACAGUGACUGAGGAAGGCACCCCCCUGGUCGAAGACACUACUACUUCAGUAGAUCUGAUGAAGAGGAGGAGGAAGAAGAAAAAGAAGAAGGCGGGGCGACCCAGGGCU